ACUUUUCUAAAGUUUCCAGACAAAGGAAUAACUUUGGUUUUGGAAUUUGGGAAUUAGGGUUGUUUGCAUUGUGAAGAUGAUCGAGGUGGUGUUGAACGAUCGAUUAGGAAAGAAGGUGCGCGUGAAGUGCAACGACGAUGACACCAUCGGCGAUCUGAAGAAGCUUGUGGCGGCUCAGACGGGCACCAGAGCCGACAAGAUCCGUAUCCAGAAGUGGUACACCAUCUACAAGGAUCACAUCACUCUGAAGGAUUACGAGAUUCAUGACGGCAUGGGUCUCGAACUCUACUACAACUAAACUCAAAGUGUGUUUAUACGCAUGAUACUAUGUAUUGUGAAUGGGAUAAGCUCUAAAUGUAAUUCUGACUUCCUAAAGCCCCUUAGUUUGAAUAAUGUAUAUCCCUUACUAUGGGUGAUCGAUGUAUUGGAGCUCAUGCAGUGUUUGCUUAUGCCUUUUUGCUUUUUAAUUCUAUAAUGUUAGAACACGUGAAUCUACAUUUACGAGUUCAAUGUUAUCUAAAAUCACGUGUUUUUUUUUCUAUAA